AUGAUUUCUUCAAUUAAACCGGUUUCAACCUCCUUAACCGCAAUCACCGGCGUAAGGAGAUCAGCUCCGGCAAAGCUCCGGUUUUCUCCAUUACCCAUUAUCAGAAACCCCGAGAACCCUAUCCAUUUCCCUCUCCACGUUACAUCCGCCCAGAAUUUGUCGAAUUUCUCCGUGCCGGCGGCGGCGCAGAGGCGUGAUGUUUUUAGGGUUGGAGCUUACGAGGCCGAUCGGUCUCAGCCGAUUGAGAUCGGUAUCGAGAUUCCCGACGAACAAUCCGCGCAGAAGGUGAAAAUCGGGAUCUACUUCGCGACUUGGUGGGCACUGAACGUUGUGUUCAAUAUCUACAACAAGAAGGUCCUCAACGCUUUCCCUUACCCGUGGCUUACUUCGACGCUCUCUCUCGCUUGUGGGUCUCUCAUGAUGCUCGUCUCUUGGGUCACUAGACUCGCCGACGCUCCCAAAACCGAUCUCGAUUUCUGGAAAACUCUGUUCCCGGUGGCGGUGGCGCAUACGAUCGGACAUGUAGCAGCGACGGUGAGUAUGUCCAAAGUGGCAGUGUCCUUCACACACAUCAUCAAAAGCGGCGAACCAGCUUUCAGCGUCCUCGUCUCGAGGCUCUUCUUAGGCGACACAUUCCCUUUACCUGUUUACCUUUCUCUCUUACCCAUUAUUGGAGGAUGUGCUCUCGCUGCAGUCACCGAGCUCAACUUCAAUAUGAUCGGGUUUAUGGGGGCUAUGAUAUCGAAUUUGGCGUUUGUGUUUAGGAACAUAUUCUCAAAGAAGGGGAUGAAGGGGAAGUCAGUGAGUGGGAUGAAUUACUACGCUUGCUUGUCUAUGAUGUCUCUUCUCAUCGUUACUCCUUUUGCUAUUGCCGUGGAAGGUCCUCAGAUUUGGGCUGCUGGGUGGCGAAACGCCGUCUCUGAGAUUGGACCAAACUUCGUCUGGUGGGUAGUGGCACAGAGUGUGUUCUACCAUUUGUAUAAUCAAGUCUCGUACAUGUCACUCGACCAGAUCUCUCCUUUGACAUUUAGCGUUGGGAACACGAUGAAGCGGAUCUCAGUCAUCGUUGCCUCCAUCAUCAUCUUCCACACCCCGAUUAGACCUGUCAAUGCCCUCGGUGCUGCCAUUGCUAUUCUUGGAACUUUCAUCUAUUCUCAGUGUUCCAUUGUUGGUUCUGAAUCUUUGAACAGGCAAAGCAGUGAGGAGGUUAAAGGAGAAGAGAUUUUCACAAGGGGCUGCAAGAAGAACAUGUUCCGUAUAUCCUCCACCUACGGAUUCUUGAUGAUGUUAUUGCAUCUCCAACUCCAAGUUGCUUGUUCAACAGACACAAUCUUGGCCAAUCAAUCUCUUUCAGGAUUCCAGACCAUUGUUUCUGGUGGUGGUGUCUUCGAACUCGGUUUCUUCUCAAAAGGUACUCCUAAUUUGUUCUACUUAGGGAUAUGGUACAACCAAGUCUUUCCAAAGACUAUCGUUUGGGUGGCGAAUCCAGAAUUUCCUGCCCCAUCUAUAACUUCUAUCAGCUUAAAUAUCUCAAAUGUACAUGGAUAUUAUGGAUUAGCUGUUUAUGAUAAUUCAACAGAGGAUAUAUUUUGGGGGAGCGGGGGAAAUUUUGAUUGUCCCAGCGACACAAAUGUUAAAGCGGUUCUGCUUGAUAGCGGUAAUCUAGUCCUGAGAGAUAGGAACAAUUCAGUCUUGUGGCAGAGUUUUGACAAUCCCUCGGAUACUUGGCUUCCUGGUGCUAAAAUCCGGUUGGACAACACAGAACCAGAGACAAGAAGCAAUAUUCUCACUUCUUGGAACACCACCCAAGAUCCAUCAGCUGGUCGCUACUCUCUCGAGUUUGACCCUAGUAGUAAAGGAAACUCUCUCAUCAUGGUUUGGAAUGGAUCUAAACCAUAUUGGUCGAGUGGGGCAUGGGACGAUCGGCUUAGAAUUUUCAAGCAAGUUAGAUUCAACCGUAACUUGAGCUUCAAGUUCGAUUUGAGUGAGUCCUACGUCACGUAUUCAGUACGUAACCAAAACCUAUUUCGUUUGGUUAUGGAUAUUUCGGGACAGUUAAUGGCCUACAGUUGGCUUGAGAAGCAAAAGAUUUGGGAUUCGCCAUGGUCUGCACCAGACCAUAAAUGCAUGGUUUAUGCUUACUGUGGGUCAUUUGGAAUCUGUCAUGAUAAUUGGCAAGAGUCUUGCGAAUGUCCUCCUAAAGCUGAUUUCGUAUGGAGACUUCACUACUACUCCAGUCAAUCACCUGAUGGUGGUUGUAUACGUGAAAUCAAUUUAGACCCGAAUCAAUGUGGCAAGAAAGAUGACAAGUUUCUUCCUCUUGAGAACAUGAAAUUAGCCAGUGAUCCGGAAGACAAGGUUUUGACAAGAAACCCUUUUACUGCAUGUGAAUCAGCUUGCCAAGAAGAUUGCUUUUGCAAGGCCUAUGCAUAUGAUGGAAACAGAUGCUUGAUUUGGACAAGUGAUCAUGUCUUCAAUCUGCAACAACUCGAUGCAAAUAACAGCGAGGGAAGGACGUUUUAUGUCAGACUUCUUACUGCUCCAGAGAACAUCUCAAACAAGGGUGAUCCAGCAAGUCUAAAGAAUAUCUCAGGAAGAAGAAACCAUCAUAAACUCAGAUCCAUCGUGUUAGCCGUUUUCCUACCAUCAUUAGCAUUAACUGCACUUUUCAUUAUUUUUUACUGUUGCUUUUCAUCUCCACCAGGAAGCAAAAGAGCACAUAAAGACAAAAAACAGAGCAAAGAGAAACUUGAAGGGGGCAUAAUUGAUGCAGAAGAUGAUGAUGGAGAACAAAGGCUUUACCUAAAUUUGCAUAACAUAAUGGCUGCAACAAAUUCUUUCUCUGAGGAAAACAAACUAGGACAAGGUGGUUUUGGUCCGGUCUACAAGGGAAAUCUACCCAAUGGAGUUGAGGUGGCAAUCAAAAGGUUGUCAAAAAAGUCAAGCCAGGGUCUUACAGAGUUCAGGAACGAAGUGGUUUUGAUCAUAAAGCUUCAACACAAGAACCUUGUGAGGCUUUUAGGUUAUUGCGUUGAAGGAGAUGAGAAACUCCUUAUCUACGAGUACAUGUCCAAUAAGAGCCUUGAUGCUUUACUCUUUGACCCUCUUAAAAGUAAGGAAUUGGAUUGGGAGAAGCGUAUGAAAAUAGUAAUUGGCACAACAAAAGGACUUCAAUAUCUCCAUGAAGACUCACGUCUCAAGAUCAUCCAUCGAGAUCUUAAGGCAAGCAACAUUCUUCUCGACGAUGAGAUGAAUCCUAAGAUCUCUGAUUUUGGAACCGCAAGGAUCUUUGGUUGCAAACAGAUCGAUGACAGCACUGAAAGAAUUGUCGGGACAUUCGGCUAUAUGUCACCGGAAUAUGCGUUAGGCGGAGUGAUUUCAGAGAAAUCUGAUAUAUAUAGCUUUGGAGUAUUGUUACUAGAGAUCAUUUCAGGCAAAAAGGCGACAAGAUUUGUUCACAACGACCAAAAACGUAGCAUUAUCGCUUAUGCAUGGGAAUCUUGGUGUGAAACAAAAGGUGUAAGCAUCGUCGAUGAAGCAUUGGGUGAUUCGUAUUCUUUAAAAGAUGUGAUGCGGUGCGUUCACAUCGCACUUCUUUGCGUUCAAGAUCAUCCUAAGGACAGACCCACAAUCUCGCAAAUUGUUUAUAUGUUGAGCAACGAUCACGACCUCCCUGUUCCAAUACAACCAACGUUCACAAACGUGUUGAACUGCAAUCAUCAGUUAGCACCGUCUAACCAUGUGUUCUCUAUUAACGAGGCCACGCAAUCAACGAUGGAAGGUCGAUGA